UUUUGUCAUGGUAGGACUCUAUGACUGAGUGAGUCACCAGAAUGACAAAAAAUGAGGAGAGAGGGAGUUAUUCAUGAAUGUCCAUUUAUAUAAUGAGUCCAAAAUGUGUGAGGUAGCAGAAGUGAGGACAGAAAAAGUUUUGGUCAUUUGGGUUAUUCCCUCACAAAGGAAAAUUGUGACAUCAUAUAUAGAGUGAUAUGUUAUUGCUAUUGCUCACUUUCUUAGAAAAGAGAAAGGGUGUGAGAAACCAUGUUGGAAGGUAAAGCUGUGAUAGAGGAUACUGACAUGCCCCUCAAGAUGCAGAUCCAAGCCAUGGCAUCUGCUUCUGAAGCUCUUGAUCUCUAUGAUGUUCUGGACUGCACAUCCAUUGCUGCCCACAUUAAAAAGGAGUUUGACACGAAGCAUGGUUCUGGAUGGCAGUGUGUGGUGGGAUCGAGUUUUGGGUGCUUUUUCACCCAUUCCAAGGGAACCUUCGUCUACUUUACCCUGGAGACUCUCAAUUUCCUCAUCUUCAAAGGGGCUUCUGAUCAUAUCUGACUAUAUUUUCAUGCUUGGGGAAUUGGACCCUUUUAAUGUUUCGAAGGAUGCAGUGCAGGGUUAUAAUGAUGUUCUUUUUCAUUUUGUAUAUAACGAUAUAUAAGUUCCUGUUCUUCAGUUCUUCUCUUGCUGCUUUGGAUAAGGUCCUCUUAAAUUUCUCUUCAUAUUGUGGAUAUUAUCAGAAAGAGGAUGCGUCUUGGUUGUACCAGAAAGAAGAUAAAGGAUGAAGUAUUAAUGAAACUGAAAUUAGAUAUGAAAAGAAAGUUCUGGAAUUGGGUCA